AUGCGGGGGAAAUGCGAGAAGAAAUCGCAAGGUUCUGAGGUGCUACUGCAGGCGGAUGUUCCCAUCGUGGACGAUGCAACCUGUGCCGAAAAGUACAAGGCUAGAGGUAUCGUAUUUGACGGGAAGAUGCAGUUGUGUGCAGGAGGACAGCAGGGAACGGACACGUGCUCGGGAGACAGUGGGGGCGCAGCGAUGUUCCUUCUUUCGGGGGUCCCUGCUCCAGCGAUACCGAAAUUCGUCUUGGGAGGGGUCACGUCCUUCGGGAGUGUCAAGUGCGGCACUGGCCUCCCUGCUGUGUAUACCAGGGUGCAACAUUUCCUUCCCUGGAUAAUCAACAAUAUUCAAUUCGACCUCUGA